AUGGGCCAAACGCGAACCGUCGCUUCCUACAGUCUAGUAACGGAUCUUUUGCAACAAUUGCUUGAUAUCGGUGCAGACUCCCAACUCAUCAUCUGUUGCACCAGAACAGAAUUUCUGGUGCAACUAGCAGCAGCCAUUCGCUCACAACGCGCCGAUCCGAGUACUACGUCUCGCCAUGACCUGCUCAUCCCAACUAUUGGGUUGCUUGCCAACUCAAGCCGGAUUCAACUGACCUUCUGCUCAACUCUGGAGAGUCUCCGAGCCUACCUUGCAGCUCUCGGAGCGAAUGUGAAAGAACAGCCAGAGAGACAGACUCGACUGGUCAUCCUAGACACGGUGGCUCUACAUAGGCCUACUACGGAGUUCUCGGCGCAGGGACUGUCGAGAACUUUUGCAGCAGCAGUAGAAACAAGUUUCCGCGCAGGGAUGGACCUGAUGCUCUGCGAAGUUACCAACUCCGUAACCCCCUCGAGUGACGACUGGGGCGACAGACUAUGGGAUGCACGAGUUCCCUUACUAAACGGCUCUGUCCGAAUACGCGGCGAAGACGGCAAUUGGGGCGGACGAGGCGUGUCCGUCAAACAAAUCGCCCAGCGCUGGUUCGACUUUGAUGAAGGGAUGCCUUCGUGA